CCCUGUCGUGGGCUCCUCUUUUGAUUUCUCUAUGUCGUGGGAAACAGCACGUGCUAUCCGAGUGCGGCGCGUGCAGCAGCAGCUGUUGUGGCCAGCAGCAAAAACAAGGAGCGCAGCGGCAUCACCAUCCUCGAAGUAGGAGCACCAGCAGCAGCAGCAGCAGCAGCAGCGGCAGUGAAAGGAAAGCAAAGCAAAGUAGGAGGAGGCUGGACUAAGAGGAAGUGCUGAAUCGGAGCGUUUAUGUAAAGGAAGGAGAAGAACAAGGUGAAAUUUGAGACACAUAACUAGAAGAGGAGGCAGAGGUUCGUCAAAAAAUACAACAGAUUAAAGAGAAGCAAAGGAACGAACGAUUAAUUUGAAUUGAGGAGUGUUUUUCACUGAGAAUGUGACAAUAAAUAUAAAUUUGCCUUAACCUGCACCUUGUUAUUCGCACCUGGAUUAUACAUACACACACAUACUCGUUUGUGUUAGCUGCUGGAAACCGUUAUUUUUGGAUUGCAGAGAAAGAGAAGCCAGCCACAAAAGCCAUUGACAGCCAAACAGCACAGCGAGUAAUCAAAGUUAAUUUACCAAUACAAGAGCAUCGAAUGCUGCAUGCCAUGGAUGUAUGUACACGUCGGAGCUACUCACAUAUACAAGUAUCAGCGGGCACAACGUGUCGAGAACACGUAAAUUCUAUUUACGCAAAAUAAUACUAAACAAAGCAACAACAGCGACAAGAAGAGCCAAGCCAAAUAAAAGGAAUACGAGGCUUCGAGCGCCAGAAAGUAGGCAACAGAAGCCACAGCAUCAGCAGCAAAGCAGCGCAAACAGGAUACUUAAAAUAUACACACGCACUUUAGCAAACACACAAACACACAAACACACACACACGCAUAUACAUACAUAUAUACUGUCGUCCUGGUGCCUGCUCAACGUCAACUUAAAUUGUAUUGCCUGUGUCUGUGUGAGUUCAUAUUUUUGCACAUGCCCUUGCCCCAGCCCUUGCUCCUCACCACCCGGGCAAGCAGCCGCCCAGCCAACCGACACACACACACACAACUUGUGAGCAAAGCACGAAAUAAAUAUAAAAUAGACCCGAAACAACAACAGUCACUGCUGCGCGCUGCCGCUGAGGUGUUUUGGCCCGAGGCGACGGGCGCAAAGCAAACACACAGCAUCGAAAAAAAGAUACAGAAGAAAGAUGCCCGAAUGCUGGACAGAGAUUGAUGCUGGCUGCCGCCGUCGUAAAGCAACAAAGCCAACAACAGCAACAACAACAACAGCAACAACAAAAACAGCAACAACAAAAACAACAACAGCAACGAUAAAGAGAGAGACAAGCGACGGCAAUUGAGAAAUCUUAAACGAAUAAGCCAUGAACGCACUCGACAUGAAUAAACAAUUUCUGAGCGUCUCCCAGGAGCAGCAUCCGCACUCGGACGACGACCAGCACAGUCGCUCACGCUCGGAGCGUGCCUCCAGCCUUGCGCUGCCUCUCAACUCCCUGCUGGACUUUUACGACAAGCAGCAGGAGCAGUGCAAGUCCGUCACCCUGCUGCCACUGCCCAGCAACAGCAACAGCCACAGCAGCAGCAGCAGCAGCAGUAGCAGCAUCGUGCGACGCCACUCCUCCCACUAUUACCCCAUGCUCGAGGAUAAGCAGAAGUCGUCGCAGCUGGCUCACGAGGCCAAUGAAAUGCUGGACCUGAAAUACGGCAAGUGCGCGCCAAUGGGAGGAGCCAUCGGGACAGCCAAGGCCAAGCAGCAGCUGGUACGUGUGGAUACGCCAGUCACGCCACCGCCGCCCAUACCGCGACGCAUGCUGCGAGGCAAGUCUGGCUGGCCGCCGCAGCCGAGUCCGGCCGGACACGAAGGCGCCCACGGCAUUGGCACCGUGUUUGUUUAUCCGCAGCCAGCAAACGUGACCACAGAGGCGGCCGGGGUGCAAUCAGCACUCCUUGUUGACAUAGCCACACGUCCGGCGUACGGAUACACGGAUGCCGAUGGUAUUUCCGAUGACGACCGCAUGAGCCUGGAGAACUCGGUGUUCGAUGAGUCGCUGACCUCCACACCUGUCAAGGUCGCCGGCUACCAUGCCAGUCGGUACGCCGGGCUGGGCCACAUGACUAAGCGAGCUCAGCGCUCCUCCAGCAGCACCGUGGACUCCGCCUACGGCUCCUCGGGUGGGCACAGCGAGCGCUUUGCCUCCAGCUCGACCAGUGUCGAUUUUCGCAGCCGCUUCUCCUCGGUGGACACACAGUCCUCGCUCGACGAGAAGCCCUCGUCCAUCUCCAUUGACUCGCCCCUGGCCAAGGACACGUUCCGGCUGGAGCGCGACCGAGAACGAGCCGUCGUCGGCAACGAUGUCAUGCACAAGCUCAACAACAACAAUCUCAGCCUCGGCCUCGGUGUCGAGCUGGCCAGCAACAACAAUAUCGUCGUCAACAACAGCAGCAGCAGCAGCAGCAGCACCACCACCAAGCUACCGACGGUGCCGGCCCGAAAGCAGCCACCAGUGAAGAUUUCUACUCCGUGCAGCGGCAACAGCAACAACUCGGGGGGCGAGUCCAACAAGGAAACAAGCAGCGUUUCCGCAUCGGCCUCCACAUCGUCCGCCGCAUCGGCUGGCUCCAGUACCAUAUCCAGUGGCACCAUGUCAUCCAUGUCGCUGGGCUUGGGCAUGGGGCCCGCGCCCUCGCCCUCGCCCUCGCCCGCGACCGCGUCCAGUCAAGUUGCUGUGGCCGCUGCUGGCAAUCCAAACCUCAGCCAAAAACGUCCAGGACCACCGGAGCCACCACAGCGAAUGAACAGCUCUUUUGAUUCCGUGGACAGUACUCCCAGGGUGCACGCGGCACCGCCUUUGACUGUGCGCAACAAACUGAGAGGCAACAAGCCGCCGCCGAUUGUCUACCCGAAGAUGCAGCAGCGCCAGGACUCGACCCUGUCCAGCGACAGCUACUCCAUCAGCUCUAGUCCCGGCUACAACUCGAAGCUGAUGGAGGUGCCGCUCCUGCCCUUGGCAGCGUCUAGCCAGAGUGGGCGCAAGAGCAACAAUCCGGGCACGGCCCAGCGCCAGCAGACUUCGCUCAUGGACAUGGCGCCCACACGGUUCGGCAAGCACACGCUGCCGGCAGUGCCGCCGCCGCGGGGAAAGAUUAAUUUCCGCCAGGACUCGACCAUUUCCAGCGAUAGCUUCAGCCAGACGUCCAGCCCCGGCUACAACUCGAAACUCAUGGAAGCCCCACUUCUGCCCUCCUUGUCGGCAAAGCGGCUGUGCAGCGCCCCGGCUCCGAUUGUCUGCCGCCAGGGAGUGCAGCACGAGCCCAUCGAGGAGCUGGAGCCACCGCAGACGCAUUCGCCACUGAACAAGGCGAGUGCACCGCCCAGCAGCCUGCAGACGAUUGUGCGCUUCCAGAACGGAGCACCCCACACCAUGUCCUUGCAGCACCAGAUAAUCAACCGACGCAAGAGCUCCAAUCCGUACAUCACCAACGGACGCUUGAAGUUCCGCCUGUUCCAGAUACUGAUCAACGCCUUCGCCCUGCUGGCCAUUGCCGGGGGACUGGCCGCGUACUUCAAUGCCUAUCCGACCAUCAAGUUCGUGAACAAGACCAUCAUCAACACCAUCCACGUGGAGGAGAACUCGAGCUUUGGCAAGAACCCCGCCCCCGGCACCUGUCUGCCCAUCAUCGUGCGCUUCUGCCAGGGCUCACAGAUACCCUACAACUACACGGUCUUCCCCAACUACAUCGGGCACUUCGGUCAGCUGGAGACGCAAGUGGACCUGGACUCGUAUGAGGCCCUGGUAGACGUCCGCUGCUACGAGCUCGUCUCCCUAUUCCUGUGUACGCUCUUCGUGCCCAAAUGCGGUCAGAGUGGUGCCACAGUGCCACCCUGCAAGACACUCUGCACGGAGACAAUGCGCCGAUGCGGCUUCUUCUUCGAUGUGUUUGGGCUGAGCCUGCCGGAGUAUCUGAACUGCAAGCUCUUUAAGGACUUCCCCAGCGCUGAGGACUGCGUGGGUCUGGAGGAGGUGCGUGACGUUAUGAUAGCGGCCUCGAAUCCCAGAUGCGAUGGCUUCCAGUGCGACCAGAACCGCUGCCUGCCGACGGAGUACGUCUGCGAUGGCCACCUCGAUUGCAUGGACCAGACGGACGAGGGAAGCUGCGACCGGUGCGGCCAGGACGAGAUCUACUGUGGAGACAACCAGUGCAUUGGAACCAAGCACAUCUGCGAUGGCAUCAUCGACUGUCCGUACGGCCAGGAUGAGCGCAAUUGCCUGAGGCUGAGUGAGCGGAAUGGGGAUGUGGGGGCCGGGGUGCUGGAGGUCUACCGCAUCGGUCAGCGCCAGUGGAUGCCGGCUUGUGUGAAGAACUGGGAUCGGGCCGUCUCCCCUAGCGCCGUGUGCUCCAUCCUUGGCUACUCGGCCGUGAACGCCACCAGUGUCCUAACUCAGCGCACACAUCGUCCGCUGCUGGCCUCGGUGAACGUCUCCACAGACAUCUGGAAGAUGUACGCCAAGCGACGCUCCACCCUGAUGCAGGAGUUUGCCAACUGCAAGAAGACCGAGGACUAUCCCAUGGCCGAGCUAACUUGCUCCAACUAUGAGUGCGGCAGGGUGAAGCGUGGACGCCACAAGCCCUCUAGGCGGAUCAUUGGGGGCAGUCAGGCCAAUCCCGGCAAUUGGCCCUUCCUCGCCGCCAUUCUGGGUGGGCCCGAGAAGAUCUUCUACUGCGCCGGCGUCCUCAUAUCCGAUCAAUGGGUGCUCACUGCCUCCCACUGCGUUGGCAACUACACCGUCAUCGACCUGGAGGACUGGACCAUACAGCUGGGGGUGACGCGACGCAACUCCUUCACAUACACUGGCCAGAAGGUUAAGGUGAAGGCGGUCAUUCCACAUCCGCAGUACAACAUGGCCAUUGCCCACGACAACGACAUUGCGCUUUUCCAGCUGGCCACGCGUGUAUCCUUCCACGAGCAUCUGCUGCCCGUCUGCCUGCCGCCGCCGAGCGUGAGGAAUCUCCACUCUGGAACCCUGUGCACCGUCAUCGGAUGGGGCAAGCGCGAGGAAAAGGACCCCAAGUCAACGUACGAGUUCAUAGUCAAUGAGGUGCAGGUGCCCAUCAUCACGCGCAACCAGUGCGAUGAGUGGCUCGACAACCUCACCGUCUCGGAGGGCAUGGUAUGCGCCGGCUUCGACGAUGGCGGCAAGGAUGCCUGUCAGGGCGAUUCGGGUGGUCCUCUGCUCUGUCCGUAUCCGGGGGAGAAGGACCGCUGGUUUGUUGGCGGCAUUGUGUCGUGGGGCAUAAUGUGCGCCCACCCAAAGCUGCCCGGCGUUUACGCGAAUGUGGUGCAGUAUGUGCCGUGGAUCCAGGAGCAGAUGCAAAAGCAUGCGCGACCCAUCGCCGAGGAGCGUGUCAACAAGUAUGAUUUGCAUCCGGGCGGCCCCGACAUGCUCUCCAAAAUAGCCACGGAUCCCAUGCGGAACGGGAAGCCCUAUUAUUACACUCACGGCAAGGUCAUGACCCAUGACUAAACGCAAAUACACGUAUAGCAGAUGUCAUGUAUAUGAUGGGAAUAAGGAGAGCGAUGAGAUGCACGAGGGACAUUAGAGGACAGAGGCAGGAAACGGUUGAGCAAAGCAUUUGUGCAUCAGCGGUCAUCAGCUGCACACUCUGACGGGUGGCGGCGAGUGACGGAGAGGAUAUAUUUUGCUACUGAACUUACGGUAACGUAAACCGAUUUGAUCAUGUGUCAAUUGCCGAAUUUAUUUGUCAAUUUUUUUACAAAGAGAUUUCUAUGCACCCAAAAAAGAGCAAGCAAAGCAAAACCAAAGAUAAUCCAAACCAAACCAAACCAAACCAA